GAGAGUCGCUGAAUAUCAACGCCAAGGUGGCGUUCCAUGUGAGUCUUAUUGCCGAAUCGGCCCGGGUCUGGUAGUUCGUGUCCAAACAUGCCGCGCGGAGUGAUACCAAUGAGAUCCUCUCUGAGGAGUCGAGAUUCAUCCUCGACAUCAACCGGGGUCGAUCCUCGAGAACGCGUCAAGGACUGCUGCCGAAAACUGGUGGCCUUCAUGUGCACCCAAGUCGGUGUAGGCGGACUAGUAGUGGGCUAUGCUAUAGUGGGCGCCUUCGGCUUCAUGAUGAUCGAAACCACCCAGAUAGAUCAGCCGGAGACGACGUGCGUGCGCGAGUUCAUUCGCCGAGAGUACGCUGACGAAUUGUGGUUCAGCACUGCCAGCAAUCAGUCGGUGAACGUGUUCAACCGUACUGCUUUCUACGUAGUGUCCAACAGUAUUCUGCUCCGCUAUCAGAAGAAUAUCACCGACGGGGUGCCAAAGGUGAAUUGCGACGGUCUCACGCCCACCGAUAUCUGGUCGUUUCCGGCCGCGUUGAUGUUCUGCCUGUCGGUGUUCACCAUGAUCGGCUACGGCAGUCUGGUGCCCAAAACUCAGUGGGGCAAAGGCGCCACCGUGGUAUACGCGGUACUCGGUAUCCCGCUCUACGUGCUCUACUUCCUAAACAUGGGCAGCGUGCUCGCGCAGACCUUUAGAUGGCUCUACACGCGAUUGCACGAAUGCACGGGCCAGCGAAAACCUGGACAGAGGAUCACCGUGCCCUCGACCGCCUGUCUCUGGGUGAUAAGUGGCUACAUCGUCGCCGGCUCGAUCAUGUUCGCCGAAUGGGAGGGAUGGGACUAUCUGGACAGCGCUUACUUCUGCGUCACGUCGCUCUGCAAAAUCGGUAUGGGUGAUCUGGUGCCAGGUUGGAGCCAGGAUGAUUCCAAGCAGAGCAGCCAGACGAAACUCAUCAUCAAUUUCGUGUACUUGCUGCUGGGCAUGGGCCUGAUAGCCAUGUGCUACAACCUGAUGAAGGAAGAUGUGUAUGUGAAGGCUCGAGAGCUCAAGCAACAGCUCAAUCAAGCGAUGGACGCGAUUCAUUAUAAAAUGGUCACGUGUUGCAAGUCGGAUCCUGUGGAUUGAACAAUUUUAAAAGGAUUGCGAGGAUUAUUGAAGCUAAAUACCAAAAUGUAUGUGUAAGAAAUCAUAAAAGAGCGCUAAUGAAGCAGAAACUGAUAAAACUUAUUUGUUGAAACUUUGUCGAAGAAAAAACUAUGAGCAGCGAGAAAUGUUGUGAAAAGCUAUAUAAACAUGAAAACAACAAUAUUGUAUCAGAAGUGAAAUUGCGCUAUAUCAUUACAUAAAUGUAAACCAUAAGUGUUAUCUCAUAAGUGCAGAUUAAUCAAACAGUAUUAAAAAAAUAUUCACUGAUGAUGAUGAUGAUGAUGAUACACAUGUCCGUAGUCUGUGAGCUUAUAGUCUAAAUUGCGUUUCUUAUUAUAUAUUCAAUAUUAUAUAUAUUUUUUUAAUA